CAUUCGCGUUUGGGGAGCUGGCGAGACCGUGAGGGCGAGGCUGCGCCUGCGCGCGAGCGAGCGGUGGCCGAGGGGCUGUGCGGCGGCGGGCAGCCGGCUGGGGCACUCGCGUAGGUGCAUGUAGUACUCGCGCAGCGGCUCAGGCACGCACGGGGCUUGCUUUGGCGGUGCUGCUGCUAGGCGCUCGACGCCGGCGGCUCGUCACCUCGGCGGUGCGCUGGUGCUGGCGUGCUGCUGCUAGGCGCUAGCAGGGGCGCGAGGGUGCUGUGUUGCUGCUCGGCGCCUUAGAGAUUGAAGUGACUCAGUUUUGCCAUAUUGAAAUCGGCCCGGGGCGCUAUUAAAUCCUAGAUCGGCCAUAGGGCUUCUUACGCCGUUGUUGAUGCUAAGGCGAUGCUCUAUGGCCAGUGGCUAGGCGAGGCCUGUUGCAUCUUGCUCGUGUAAGCAAGCUGUUUGAUUUGCUCCUUUGUUGUCGACAGAUUAAUUCAGCACGGUGCCCCCUACUAACUUGCUAUCAGAUCCAAGUCGCUGCAGAAGGGAGCAAACAAAGGGAGAUGAAGCUCAGAGUCGUGUGCAGGAAGCUGUAUGACUAUGUGCGGUAUGACCUCAAGGAGAUAGCCUUCCCGUCGUCACUGCCGGACCCUCCUCACAUCAAGAAGCGGCCCAAGCUCUCAUGGCAUGAACGCUGGUGCAUCCUCAAGGAGGCCACCCGGCUGUACGGCGCGUCAUGGGUCCGGGACAUCGGCCCUGAGCUGAGGCCCAACGACUACAAGAAGGCAGCCGAGGACGUGGAGGAGCAGUCGUCCAAUGGCAGCCACCCCAGCUCUGGUAGUGACAGGAAGGGGAAGGCGAGCAGCGAGCCAACUGUGCUGGAGGACCUCGCUGUCGCCGCUAGGGGUGGCGCAGAGACGCUGAAGCCUGCCCUGCGGCGGAUUUACAUGGCCCGCGCGUCCACGUACACCGACGCGAUGAAGAAUUUCGUGGAGACGUACCAGGAGGGGCUCAAGGACCAGCUGCAGGAGAAGGCUCAUGGCGGAGAAGGUGGUGGUGGUGGUGGUCGUUAUCAUCAUCAGGAGCAGAAGGAACAUGGCAAUGAGGAUGAGGCAUCAAAGCCACCUCCGCCAUGACAUCAUGGUUGUGUUCUGCCAGUGAUGGCAUCAAGUAGUACUUAUUUCAGUUCAUCCACCCAAAGUAGAACAAGAUGGUUUUGGCUAGCACUGUAGAGUGCAGACCCUGUUGGCACUGCAGUAGGAGUGCUUGAGAAGGAUCACCAAUUUUGCCCGGUUUAUAUUUCUACCAAAUCUCAAUCCGGGUCCUGCCGAACUACUUUACUUGUAAACUUUGGCUGGUGUUGCCUAUAAUGAUGUGUGAUCCUCGUUACUCUCCAGCCUGUUCCUACUUGCUGAUUGCAAUGUGUUUUGCUUGCGCUUCUCUCUCUUUUAUCUGUCUUUUGUGUAUGUCUUCUUUGCAAUCUGUCUACAUUGACUUAUUGGUCAACUAUGAAAAAUAUGUAUGUGCUGGCGUU